GUGUGUGUGUGUGUGUGUGUCCCAACAAUAUGUGACAAAACAAUCAGUGUAGAGAGGCAAAGAAAAAGAAUUGAGAAAUGUGGAGGUAACGAUGGAAAGAAAGCGUGUGCAAAUUUGAAGAAGUGACAAUUUGAAAACCGGGACAGAACCCAGCUGAGCUACAAUGGAUUAUGAACCCAAGAAAUCCAAAAAGGGUUUUGUGUCUCCCAUUAAGCGUCUGGUGUGGUCCAAAGCCAGUCGCAGGCCGGCGGAACGAGGCAGCGUUUGCCGGCGCCCCCUGCACACCGUCCCCCUCUACCCUCCCGACUUCCUCAUCCACCCCGAAAGACUCAUCUUCGACUAUGUGGAGAAGGAGGUCAAGUUCCUAGGUCACCUGACCUGGGUGUCAGUUUCUCUGAACCCGUCCAGUCGAGAUGAACUCCUGCAACUGCUGGACACAGCGAGGCAGUUGAGGGUUUUGCCCUUGAAGACCAGCGUGGAGCAGGACUGCAUCCUAAGUCUGUCCGCUCGCUGUCUGCUGCUCACGUGGCGAGACAACGAAAAGCUGCUGAUGAGGAUUCCCACGCACGAGAUCGCCGCCGCUUCCUACCUGAGAGAUGAUGCGCUGCACCUGCUGGUCCUCAAGACAGGUUUAAACGUGGACACUGUGGUUGCCGGGGACAACAGCCUGGACCGGAAGAAGCCGACGGGCGUCGACGGCCGACGUCAAACCGUGAGCUGCAACGCCGACCCUCGACCUUCGGGGGGUACGAUGGAGCGACGGCACACCAUUUGCGGAUUGGACUGGAGGCCGUCGCUAUCCAGGAGCAACCACGACAAGAACCAGAAUGUGGACAGAGGAGGCGGCGGCGGUGAGAGAGGAGGCGGCGCCGGCGGGAGUUUGGAAAGGAAGCGAGCAGGGGGGAGCUGGGAGAGGAGACAAUUCGCACGGAAGACGGGCGGCAGCUGGGAGAGCCGUCGGCCGAGGCCAAUGAGCGGGUUGGGGCCCGGAGGGGGAGGAAGCUGGGAGAGGCGGCACGGAGCGGGAGGAGGAGGAGGAGGAGGAGGAAGCUGGGAGAGGCGAGGAGGAGGCGGCGCGGGAAGCUGGGAGCGGCGGCAGGCCUGCACCGGAAGCUGGGAGCGGGGCAAGAGCUACGGUAGCUGGGAGCGAAGGAACCACAACCCGCUGGAGCCCACCCCGUGCCCCGAUGCCUACUGCAACCUCGUCAUCCUGGCUGUGGAGAACCGGGAUGCUGCAGAAGAGUACUGUUCCCUCAUCUGCCAGAUGUUCCAGAUCAUUUACGGCCAUCAGACCAUCGAGUGCGUGGACAGAGCUGGAUUCCACCACACCAUGCCGGACCGCUACUGGCUGCAAAGGAGUGACAGCUGCCUGACCGACACGUCGUACAGUUAUGAUCCAGAGUACAGCUGCUGCAGUUCGUACGAUGGAUCCCAGGAUGCGUUUGAGCUCUACUACAGCGAGACAUACAGCGAGAGUUCAUCGAUGUCUUUGCACGACUCCCAUCGCAGUCUGGGCUCGGCCAAUGACACAGGAGAGAGCAACCCCACCCUCAUGCUCAUGCAGGAGUACAUGAUCACGCUGAGGAACAAGCUGAAUGCUGUGGAGUUGCAACACUUUGCCGUCUUUCUGAGAGAAUACCGUCUGGGCUCAAACAUCAGCCACUUCUGCUCUGAGCUGCUGCAUCUGUAUGGAGACGAGCGCAAGUUUCUGUUGUUGGGCAUGCGACCGUUUAUCCCGGACAGAGACGUGGGAGUAUUUGAGAGCUUCCUCGAAAGUAUCGGAAUCCGUGAAGGUGGAAUUUUGACCGACAGUUUUGGACGGAUCAAACGCAGCAUGAGCAACACGUCGGCCACCGCCAUGAGAGGGUACGACAGCUGCUCUCUGGCGUCAGGAUCUCAAGAGUUCAACCGCCGCAUCAAUGACAUCACACAUGACAUCCAGGCCCUCGGGUUCGGAGACGCACACGGCGAUAUUGAGGAGGAAGACUACUACCUUUCUGUGAUUCGUGGAUUCAAACGUCAGCCGGUUCCGCCCUUCCUGUGUGGAGUUUGCAUAUUCUCGCCGUGUCCGUGUGGCUUUUCUCCGGGUUCUCCGGCUUCCCCCGACAUUCCAAGAACGGGCAUCUUCGUUUCAUUGAAGACUCUAAAUUCCAUAAAUCUGAGUGUGAAUGUUUAUUUUCCUGACGUCGUGUUUCUUCGCUUAAUUGAAGUGAAUUGAAAUUUUCAACAGGCGUGAACGUGAGGGUCCAAGAACUCCUUUCUAUGACUGCACAAAAUAUGGAAAGAAAUGAUCUGAAAAUGAAGAUGAAUGCAAGUUGCUGUGAUUAUAUAUAUUAAAAAAAAAAAAAAGGUUUCCACUUGUUUCUU